UGGACCCAACCAUCCGCCAGACCGACUUAAAGUUUCGAUAUGCCAAGUUUGCCACUGGAAUUAGGCCUCGGGGCGCGGGCGCUGGAGGUUUUGCCGGUGGAAGGCGGAGUGCACUUGCCGGGCUGGGCUCGGCGGGACCCACACAACGAGCGCGGCCGCCGUCCACUGUGGACCUACUCUGAGCCGCAUCGCGCACCCACAACCGGUACCACACUCUCUUGCGAAACCCGUCAUCAAUAUACUGGAAACAUGAGGUUCAUACUCCUAGUGAUUCUCGUUGCUUGCAUAGCCUGCGAAGUGAGCGCGCUCGCGCGGCCGCAGGAGGAAGGAGAGGCGCGGGCCUCGCCGUCCCGUGGGCUUCUCAAGCGCGGCCUGCUCGCGAAGGGGAAACCCACCAGCACUACCACCACCACUGCCGCCCCACAGGAAGAAGCCGAGUACGAGGACGAGGAGUACGCGGAGGGCGAGGCGCAGGAGCCGUCGACGGAGGCGCUGCCGUCGUCCACGGAGGGCAAGAAGCUGGUGGCGGGCGGCGUGCGCCCCUUCCGCAGCAACACAGAUCUGCUGGCCGCGCUCAAGCGCCGCCGCGCCCAGGCUGCUGAAGCUAAGCUGAACGGAGGACAGUCAACGGCGGCCACCGCGCCCGCCCAGGACAGCGCCACCGAGGCUCCGGUCAAGGCUAAUUUCAGCAAGAAGAGGUUCAACACCGCGACACGGGAGACCAACAGCGAGGACGCGCCGCCAGCGCCGGCCAAGCCAGUUAGGGGGCGAUUUGGAAAACCUGCGAGAUCCAUCUCCGAAGCAGAGGAGGAGCAGGCAGAGCCCGCGCCGGUGCGAAGUGGCCGGACCUUCUCCCGGCGAGGAGGAAACUAACCCCCCACCAAUCCUCUCCCCAACCCACCUUCUUACCUUAAUGUGGCCCUUCUCUCACGAGACUAUUCAAAAAAAUGCUACGCGACUGAGGUAACGCCGAAUACGACAUGAUUACGUCCAAGGACAAAUACAGUAUCGUGCAACUGAUAUUAAACGCGCCAUCGACGCGUCUCGUCGUGUGCGAUGCGAAACAAUUGAAUAAAAUAUGGCGGACACUCAAAAGCGACGUAUGAUACGCGUACGAAACACUUGAGAGCAGCCUCGUGAGAGAUGGGCCUUACCCUUUGCCAUUUUCAUUUGCUGUUUCAAAAGUAUCAGUCUUUACAAUUAAGUACUUAUGGAGCGGCAUUUCCUCAGUGCAGCGCUUCCACGCUGGCAGUUUCCCGUAAUUUCUAUAAACUUGCGACAAACGGUAUAGCUAUUUUUAUAGUAAUUGUAAAUUAUGUAUGUCUAAGUAUUUUUUUAAAGUAAACAAAAAAUUGUA